AUGCAAUUAAAAGCGAUUAUUUUGUCCAUUUUAUUUUGCGGCGUUCAUUGCAAAUUGAUUGAGUUAUCUUGUCAUGAUAUCAGACUCUUUGUCGAUGGUCACAAUAGCAGACGUCUACUCGUUGCAAAAGGCGAAGUGGACAAGCAGCCAGCAGCCACUAACAUGAAUUAUUUGGUGUGGGAUAAUGAAUUAGCCAUGAAAGCAGCGAAGUGGGCCUCCGUUUAUAAACAUUCGAAUAAUCCGGAUACAGAUGUUGAUACACAAAGGUUCAAUACAGGACAUAAUCUGUAUUGGUAUUCGACCACAGACCGCAUCUUUAAGUUCUCCCCAACGCAAGCUUUGCACUCGUGGUUUGAGGAGGAACAUAAGAAUUACCGUUUCGGAAAAAUUGGCAAAUCAUUGCAACCGGAAACAGGCCGUUACACACAGUUUGUGUGGGCUGAUACUACACAUGUAGGUUGUGCUGUUUCAAAAUUUCAUCGUGAAAUAUGGGCGCAGUAUUUUGUUGUUUGCUACUAUGGUCCUGGCGGAAACAUUGAAGGCAAACUCCCCUACAAAAGGGGCAAAAAGCUCCGCACGAGAGAGCUGCAGUGUACAGACGAAAGAUGUCAACAUCCCUACGGAAAACGUUGUUCAUAA